AUGCCCCUUUCCCCGCAUUCGAUUUUCACCCUAACACGCUCUCAGGUCUCAGCUAUCAAAGAUCCCGAACACAGAGGGGACGAAGACGCCGCUGCUGACGACGAAUCAGGUCUGAACAUCUUGCCGCUGCUGACGACGAAUCAGUUGAUUCCGCCGCUACCACGACCUUUAAAGCUUGAUUCCGCCGCCUACCACCACCUUCGUAACCUCCCUCAGCCACCACAGUAUUAUACUCAUAUGGUGCUUAUUAUACUCAUACGAAUCAGGUUUGAACAUCUUCCCGCUGCUGACGACGCAUCAGGUCAACGGACCUUUCAACAGUUGAUUCCGCCGCUACCACGACCUUUAAAGCUUGAUUCCGCCGCCUACCACCACCUUCGUAACCUCCCUCAGCCACCACAGAUUGUCCCCGAGACCUUAGAACCAAGUUUACAGUUAGCAUCUGCUGUUCUUGCACAGGCUAAGUUGCCAAUGUCAGAGAUAGCAGCUACUAUCAAUGAGUUUAGAUCGUGUCACUUAUUAGAGCUUACUGAGAUUAAAGACAAUACACCAACUGUUGCUCCGGUUGUUAGUCAAGAUGUGAAUGCGGAUUCCAACAACAAGAUUGUCCCCGAGACCUUAGAACCAAGUUUACAGUUAGCAUCUGCUGUUCUUGCACAGGCUAAGUUGCCAAUGUCAGAGAUAUCAGCAACUAUCAAUGAGUUUAGAUCGUGUCACUUAUUAGAGCUUACUGAGAUUGAAGAAGUGGUGGCUGAAGAAGAGGCAACAAAUGUGAAAAAGGAGAAUGCUGCAAGAGUUGACCCAUGUUGCUCAAUUGGGUAA